AUGCCAGUUACAAAUAUAAAAGUCGAUUCUGCGCUCAGCUCACUGGAGACUCAGGGUUUACACCAGGUCUCGCCUUCAUUGCAAGAGAAGCUCCACCAAAAAAUAGUAGCCACGCCCCUUGGUCUGACGCUGGUGGAGAUCCAGGGCGAGUUAUCACUACCAAAGACAAAACCCAAUCAUCUCAACGAAAGAGAACAAGAGCUGUUUCGGAAAAAUACCGUUCCGCAACUCCUUAAAUCGAUCCAUUCUCUCCAUGGUGAUGUAGACACUGUCAAAUUUGGCCAUUUGGAACUAGAUACCUCUCUUAAUAAGGCCACACUCUUUAUAAGCACAACACAAAGACUAUUGGGGAAAAUCGAAAAAAUAGACCCCCCUCUUGGCGUAUUGAAGAUUCAACAUGGUCCUGAAACCAGCUCUCAAAUUAUUGAUGUCAUCAACUCAAAAGUCAUUUUCAAACAACGUCCACUACCUAUAAUGUGA